UUCUAAAGGCUGUUUCCCGCAGGUGAACUAAUGCACCUGUCUGUCGCGUGGAGCACAUGACCGUGACGUCACGGCAAACGCACAACUUUCAUUUCAAGCGUUUAUAUGGGAAUGAAAAUACUCCUGCGCACUGAAAAUGGGAUGUUGUUGUUCCUCUCCCGGUGGAAACGAUGAGAGACAAGCUUUGCUCCAGGCAAACAGUAAAACACAAAUUGAAUCUGCAAGACAAUCACGUCCAGCAGCUAAUGGUACAGAUCAGAAGAGCGGCAGGUUUACUGCCCGACAUGUUGGCGUGAAUGACCUCGAUGAGCGUUUCAAUGACGUUGCUGAAACGUUCAACAAACAGCAGGAACACUAUGAAACUAUGAGGAACAUGCUUCAGACUGUUGCAGAUCGCUACAAAUGCCCGACUAAUGACAGUCUGACCCAGUGCCUGAACAAAGUCAAGCAGGAACAUGAGAACUGCUACAUCCGUCUGGAGGUUAAAGGAUAUGACUUCACUCUGAUGGUGAGGUCAGAGGCCGAAAUCCCCAACGGCCUGAAGAUGACGAAAGACAACAUCGCAGAGCUGAGCAAAGCGGCCAAAGCCAUCAUAUCUGUGGCCACUAAACUCCAAGAAAUGAUCGAUUGGCUUCUGAAGAAGGAGGACUCCAUGAUCAAACAGGUGGAGUCCACAGAAAACAACAACCAAGACAAGAAAAGGCUUCUGGACAACCUGAAUGAAAACCUCCGAGAGGCACGGAGAGCGAAAGAAACGAGUCCGAGGUACAGGAAGGAGGCUGGGAAUCUUCUCAAUGAGGCCGCGGUGCUGUCCGGCAUCACACCGUGAAAUAUAUCAUGUAUUAAUAUGAAGAGACGGAUACAAUACAAGGACAUAAAACCUGACCAGUAUAAUACAAGUAUAGAAUUAUAGGCUGAUGAAGGACUAUAAUAUAUAUAUUUAUAAGAUCUAAAAAAAUAUAUUAGUAGAAAUAAUACGACCAUUUUCCAUUUACUCUAAGCAUAAAGAGGUGACCCAAGUACAGAAGAGAAGCCAUUUGUUAUUUUACAUCCUCUUUUGUGUGUUUCCUGAUGGGUAUUUUCCACUAAUGAGCCAGUUUCGUUUCUAAAAGCACUGUCAUACUUGUAGAGAAUCAGUCCUCGUGGCUGUGAAUGUGAAUAUGAGUGUAUAUGAAUUAUUGAUCUACAGAGUAGAGGAAAAACAAUCGUGAAUACUUUGUAACAUUUUCAUCCAUAUUUUAAAUUUGUCAGUUUUAUUUUGUAAUUAAAUAAUUCAUUUGUUUAUGUUAGAACGAUUUUGCCUGUUAAAUAAAUUUAUCAACAUUUACCCUUUUUCUAUUUAUUAUCAGAAUAGUUUUUGUUGCAGCAUAGAAUAAAAGUUAAUAUGUUGAUGAUUAUCUUAAACCGUUUUAAUAAUUAAAUUGGACUACCUAUUGUUAUUUUUAUCAUUGAUAGUUAAUAUUUUGAUUAUCAUUAAUUAUAUUUCUGUUUUCCCUUUAAUUUGAACGUUUUAGUAAUUUUUGUGUGUUUUUGUACAAUUUAUUACAAUUUUCUAAAUAUGUUUUGCAUAUAAUUUGUAUACAUUUAACUAAGUCAAACUAAAUUAAAAUGAGUAAUGUUG